AUGUCUUCAGAUCCUAAGCAAUUCAUGAGGACCUCUGGUCACCAUGACUCUGUCUGGGUCCAUCUCGAACCAUACACAAAUCGCCCUCAGUUUCCGAAAUUGGACCAGGAUUUGGAGACCGAUGUCUGCAUCAUCGGAUCUGGCAUCUCAGGCAUCUCGACCGCGGAGCAGCUUGUGAGACGGGGAGUGAAUGUUGUUAUGCUUGAAGCAAGAGAUAUACUCUCAGGAGAAAGCGGGCGAACAUCCGGUCACCUGUCCUCCGAUCUGGACGACGGCUACAUGGCUAUCAAGAAGCUAUUCGGAGCGGACGGAGCAAAAUACGCUGCAGAAUCACACGACUGGGCUCUCAAGCAUGUCGGUGAAGUUUCAAACGAGCUUGGAAUAGAUUGCGAAUACCGUAUGCUCCCAGCGUAUGACCUCUCCCAGCAUCCCGUCGGCACCAAGGAACACGACGAUGACAUGUCGGAACUAAAGGAAGAGUCUGCACUGCAGAAGGAGCUCGGUCUGGAGUCGAGGUACGACGAGAGUCUCACCGUCAAGGGCUGGACUGGAAAACCAGAUCAAAGAGGCGGAGCAGUCAUUGGUCGUCAGGCAACAUUCCACCCUACCAAAUACUUGGUAGGAGUGCUGAAGUGGCUUAAGGAGCAACCCAACUUCCAGUGUUACACGCAUACACGCGUGACCGAAUGUGCUGAAAGCGGUAUCCAUGUGCCUUUGGUGAACGUCCAUCUGGGUCCCAAGAAUGUGACUGUCUCGACACUGAACGGCCACACCGUCAAAUGCAAUCACGCGGUGCAAGCGACUUGCGUACCUCUGCAGAAACUCAGUAUCAUUGCCGAAAUGGAGUACAACCGCACAUACUGUAUCGCCAUCCGCAUCCCCAAGGGAACUGUCGAAGACUGUCUGAUCUACGACACUGCCGAUCCAUACCACUAUACCCGCAUGACUGCCUGCGACGAGAAGGACGAUUACAUGGUGGUCGGCGGAUGUGAUCACAAAGUGGGCCAGGAAGAUGAGUGGGAUGAGCGCUACAAGGAGCUGGAAACAUGGGUUCGAGAGCGGUUUCCCAAUGCAGGGAGCGUGGACUACAAAUGGUCCGGCCAAAUCUUCGAGCCGGUCGACCACAUGGCGUUCAUUGGCAAGAACGAAGCCAACGAGCGGAUCUACGUCAUCACAGGAGACUCCGGCAACGGGCUCACUCAUGGAGUGCUGGCCGGGAGACUUCUCGCGGACGAGAUCCAGGGCGUCGACAACCCCUGGGCGAAAGUGUACAAUCCUAAACGCAUCUCAACCGUGGCGUCCAAGCUCCCGAGCAUGAUCGAGCACGACGUCCAAGUACAAACGCAGUACAAACGCCUUUUGCAAUCGGACAUCCAGGACGUCGAAGAUCUCGGCAGGGACCAGGGCGGCGUGCUGAACCCGAAAACCUCGCACCCGCAGGCCGUCUACAAGGACAAGGACGGCAAGGUCCACCGCAUGAGUGCGGUGUGUCCUCAUUUGAAGGGCAUCGUGUGCUGGAACAACGACGAGAAGAGCUGGGACUGUCCCGUGCACGGCAGCAGGUUCAGUCCCGAGGGACACCAGCUAAUCGGUCCGGCGAAGGGCGGGUUGCAGCCCUUUGACGACAGUGCGAAGGCGAGACAGGAGAUUGCCACCGAAACCUGA